AUGUUUCUAUUUGCUUGCCUUUUGAGCAGGUAUUCCAAGAAACAACUCUACACUGUGAUCGCCGACGUAGAAGCGUAUCCACAGUUUGUUCCCUAUUGUCUCGGAUCAAACCUCAUCAGCUAUCAAGCAUUGAAAGGAAGCGGAACGCUUGUGGUUGGUUACAAAGCGUUCGAGGAGCGUUACACAAGUCAGGUAGAGUGUCGAAAAUGGGAAAUGGUCAAAGCAACCGCAUGUGACUCGCCGCUAUUUAAAUACUUGACUUCGACUUGGACCUUCCGCUCACCUGAAGAGAUCUCGUCCAAGACACUUCCUACUAGAGAUGAUGAUUCAACUUAUGUCUCCCUACAACUCGCCUUCGCCUUCGCUAGUCCCUUGCAUGCAGCUGUAGGAGAAUAUUUCUGGAAGAGUGUUAGUGAAAAGAUGGUCCUUGCUUUUGAAAGAAGGGUUGAAGAAGUCUACGGUAAACCGAUCCAAGAGGCAAAAGAAAGUCAGCUUAGUCAAGUCAGUUCACCUCAAAUUGGUACUUCAUUCAAUGAACCAGUCAUCGGAGUACAACAAUGA